AUGAGUUCUCUGUCUCUUAGUGGUAGUCCUAAUCCCAUAUCAUCUGUCAAUGAAGACUUAUUUCAGAUUUUGCAACAUUAUGGGCCAGUAACGGCAUUGAAAAUUCACAUGAACUAUAUAAUAUGUGGUUACGGGUCAAUCUUGAAAAUAUUCAAAAUUGAAAAGGAUUUCACUCACCAAUUGGUUUUCAACCGUCAAAUAUUAGAUAGAAACAAGAUUCAUAAUAUCUCUGUAAGUCCUUGUGGUACCAGAAUAAUUUUGUCCGGUGGUAGAUCAUUUAUUGUGUUGAAUAUCAGCGAUCUCUUAAAUACAAAUCAUGCAUCGUCAAAAGAAAAGGCAAUUAAUGAAUGGAUUACAUGUACCGAAUUUUUAGAUAACAACACGGUAUUGAUAUUAACAUCCCAUAAUAUUGUUUAUAAAGUAGACGUGUCAGACAUGGAGUCAAACCAACAUUUUGAAAUUGUCGAUAGGAUCCAUUGUAACGAAAAAUCUAUUUUAUAUACUGGUUCUAUACGUAUUAUUGGUGAAAAAACCUUAAUAGCUGCGGGUACUGUAAUGGGGGGUGUAAUUGUUUGGGAUUUAGACUCUCGUCAAAUACUCCAUAAUUUGACUGAUCACGAAGGCUCCAUAUUUGGAGUCAGAAUUGAUUCAGAAGGAAAAUAUAUCAUUUCAUGCUCUGAUGAUAGAUCAAUUAAAUUAUAUGACUUCAAAAGUGGCCGGCUCUUGGCUACUGGUUGGGGCCAUGGGUCGAGAAUAUGGAAUCUCGAGUUUUUCAAAUGUAAAGAUCUGUUAAAGAUAUUUAGUACUGGGGAGGACUGUACAGCUAGGAUAUGGGAAUUUGAGUCGGGAAACCCACUCUUGAAACUACUUGAUGUUUCUGAUUGCCAUUUAGGAAAACAUGUCUGGUCUGGUGAUUUAGAUGACGAUAUUUUACAAUUAAGUGUCACUGGAGGUGCUGAUGGUAGAAUAAAGCUCCAUGAUUUAACACUCUUUGCAAAUUCUAAUAAAACAAGCUAUACUUUAGAAACCAUAGAAAAAGAAGUAGGUAUUAAGUUUGACAAAAACGAAAUCGUUAAGCAAUAUUUAGAAUUGCCCGAAUUGAAUUUAUUAAUUGUAUUGACAUCCAAUGGGAAGGUUUUAAGUUUGGAUCAAAAGAAUAAGAAGUGGGAACUCAUUGAUCUAUCUAGUGAAGAAGUCAAUAAGUUUAAGAAUUUUGGAUUGGUCAGAGGAUUCAUUGAUAUUAAUGUCAUAAUAAUAUGCACGAGAUCUGGUGAUUUGUUAGUGCUAAAGUUUGAUGCUGAUUCUCAAAAGCCAGUGUCAAAAACUUGGUUCCUUGACGAACAUUUAAAUGGUAACAAAGUGACAAAUUUCAUGACUUCAUAUGACAAAGAAGGCAAUAACUUCUAUGUCUUAAUUGAUUGUCCAAAUCCUAAAAUUCCUUUCAUCCUUCGGAAAUUCAAAUUCGAUAAUCAUACUCUCGUGUGUGAUGGCAUUAUUCAUUUAGAACAACCUGAUCAAACUAGUUUUACAACUACAUGUAUGACACUUGAUAGUGUAAAUAAAAUCUUGAUUUUAGGAUCACGAUAUGUGAGCUUCGCUCUUUACGACUUAAGUACAGGUGCCGAUUUAAUACAAUUAAGUGGCCUUUUCAAGAAGCUAUCCAAAGGUGAUACAAUUACGGCUAUAUCAAUUGUUCAUUCACAAACUAAUUGUAUUCGUAUUUUGGUAACUGUCAGAGACGGAAUAUAUAUGUAUGUGGAGUUGAAUAAAAAAGAUGGCAGCUUCACUCAUCAAGUGAUUCACAAGAAUAAACUCUCUAAGGGCUUUGUUGAAGGAGGGUUUCUUCAUAACAAUGAACUAAUAGUGUACGGGUUCAAGUCUUCCUAUUUUUAUGUUUGGAAUGAAACAAAACAAUUAGAAGUUGCUAGCGAAUUAUGUGGUGGAGCCCAUAGACAGUGGGAAUUAUUCAGGUAUAAAAAUUCAAUGUCAGAAAUGAAGUUUGUAUAUAUAAGUAAAUCAACUUUAAACAUAAAAAGUUUCAAACAAAAGUUUGGCGAUGGAAGCUAUGGUCUAAUCAACGAUGGAACUCAUGGAAGAGAAAUUAGAGACAUUGCAAUAUCUCCUUCUAUAUCCCCGGAUGACACUUCUCGCUUGAUAAUGACUGCUUCUGAAGAUACAACCAUUAGAUUAGGAAAAUUAUUUGCUAAUGGGGAAAUUAAAAACUACUGGAGUUUAAACGAACAUAUAUCGGGGUUGCAAAGAAUAAAUUUCUUAAAUGAUACAUACGUCGGUAGUUCAGCUGCAAAUGAAGAGUUCUUUAUUUGGAAGCUAAACAAAUUGGAUACUGGAAUUCCAACUAUAACAAAAUACGCAACUUUAAAAACCAGUCAAGCUAAUCCAGAUUUACGUAUUAUGGACUUUGAUUCCUAUCCAUUUGCCAAUGGUUUUGUUAUUAGUACAGUUUAUUCUGAUUCAAAUUUGAAAAUUUGGUAUUUUGAUUGUGUAUCCGGAAAAUUUCAUUUAAUUGCUAAUGAUUUCUACACCACUUGCUGCAUACUUAAUGUAAAUUUCCUUAAAUUCAAUGAUAAGAUUUACAUUAUGAUAGGCACUACUGAUGGCUGUUUGUCUAUCUGGGAUAUAUCUAAUAUCAUGAAUAAUUUAGACACCGAAUCCCUGGAAGUACAAAAAUUGGGCACCAUGAUUAUCAAGCAACAUUUGCAUCAAAACGGUAUUAAGGCAGUACUUUGCUUGCCUGAUAUGCCAAAUGGUUACAGAGUAUUUACAGGUGGUGAUGAUAAUUCAUUGAUCUCGUCAACAUUGUGCUUUGAAGAAGAAAGUGAAGAGUUGAUUUUAAAAACUAAUUGUUUCGUAGAAAAGGCUGCAUCCUCGACUAUCACUUCUCUUUCAUUUGGUGGAAGUAAUCAAAUUGUUGUUACUUCCGUUGAUCAAAUUGUUCGUCUUUGGAAGUUCGACGACACAUCGUUAACUUGUUCAUCUGCAAGAUAUACAACCAUAGCAGACACAGGUUGUAGUGAUACAACUAAAUUUGACGAUAAAGAUAUCAUUGUCGUUGGAGGGGCUGGUUUAAGCUCUUGGAGUUUUUAA